CGCGCAGCUCGCGGCACCUGGGCUCUGCGCUUCUCCCGCCCGCAGUGCCCGCUCCGGGGGUCGGCCGCCGGGGUCCCGCACAGCCCGGGAGCGGCGGGCGCUGUGCACGCUCUGCCGCCAACAGAUCCCGACUGGAGCCGCGAUGCCGGGCACCUCGAGACAGUCCGGUCGCCAGGCGGGCUCAGCCCUGCUCUCGUUGCAUCAAGAAGAUCAGGAGAAUGUCAACCCCGAAAAAGUGGCGCCAGCCCAGCAGCCGCGGGCGCAGGCUGUGCUUAAGGCCGGGAACGUGCGGGGACCCGCGCCGCAGCAGAAGCUCAAGACUCGGCGGGUUGCGCCUCUUAAGGACCUUCCUAUAAACGAUGAGCAUGUCGCUGCUGUUCCUUCAUGGAAGGCAGUCAGUAAACAGCCUGCCUUCACCAUUCAUGUGGAUGAAGCAGAAGAGACUCAGAAGAGGCCAGCUGAGCUUAAAGACACAGAGUGUGAAGAUGCCCUGGCUUUUAAUGCAGCUGUCUCUUUACCUGGAGCAAGAAAACCACUGACACCUCUUGAUUAUCCAAUGGAUGGUAGUUUUGAAUCACCACAUGGUAUGGACAUGUCUAUUGUCUUAGAAGAUGAAAAGCCAGUGAAUGUCAAUGAAGUACCUGACUAUCACGAAGAUAUUCACACAUACCUUAGGGAAAUGGAGGUUAAAUGUAAACCUAAAGUGGGUUAUAUGAAGAGGCAGCCAGACAUCACUAACAGUAUGCGGGCCAUCCUCGUGGACUGGCUAGUUGAAGUGGGAGAAGAAUAUAAACUACAGAAUGAGACCCUGCAUUUGGCUGUGAACUACAUUGAUAGAUUCCUCUCCUCCAUGUCUGUGUUAAGAGGAAAGCUUCAGCUUGUGGGCACAGCUGCUAUGCUGCUAGCUUCGAAAUUUGAAGAAAUUUAUCCCCCAGAAGUGGCAGAGUUUGUGUAUAUUACAGAUGAUACCUAUUCUAAGAAGCAGGUUCUGAGAAUGGAGCACCUCGUAUUGAAAGUCCUUGCUUUUGAUUUGGCUGCACCAACAGUAAAUCAGUUCCUUACCCAGUACUUCCUGCACCUGCAGCCUGCAAACUGCAAGGUUGAAAGCUUAGCAAUGUUUUUGGGAGAAUUAAGUUUGAUAGAUGCUGACCCAUACCUCAAGUAUUUGCCAUCACUUAUUGCUGGAGCUGCCUUUCACUUAGCUCUCUACACAGUCACAGGACAAAGCUGGCCUGAGUCAUUGGUACAACAGACUGGAUAUACCCUAGAAAGUCUGAAGCCUUGUCUCGUGGACCUUCACCAGACCUACCUCAAAGCACCACAGCAUGCCCAACAGUCAAUAAGGGAAAAGUACAAGCAUUCGAAAUAUCACAGUGUUUCUCUUCUCAACCCACCAGAGACACUAAAUGUGUGAGAAUGAAAGACUGACUGCCUUGGUUUGAAAUGGGAAUCCUCAGAGUUCAUCCUGUACAGUUUUUAUCUUGGGUUUUAACUUCACAAUCAUUUCUGAAUGUAGAUGGUAUAGCCACAGACAAAUUAUGGUAUCCAUUGCUUUUAAAAUGGUUUUAAUUUGUAUAUCUUUUGUACAUGUGUCUUAGAUAUUUGGAUCAUUUUAAUUGGUUUGUUAGCAUUGGUGCUGCCAACUGUCAGGAUAAUAAGAAUAAAUUGAUUUGGAAAUCUU